UGCGAGAAUCUGCUAUGGGCCACCUGCUCCAGUUUCUCCACCUGGCUUCCUUCAUCUCAGCAGUCCUGGCCUCAUGGAGCGUCUCCAGUCCCAACACCGUGGAGGGCGUGAAGGGGUCCUGUCUCAUCAUCCCCUGCGUCUUCAGUUUCCCUGACAACGUGGAAGUACCCCACGGCAUCACAACCAUCUGGUACUAUGACUACUCGGGAAAUCGGCAGGUGGUUCACCACUCAGGGGACCCCAAGCUGGUGGAGGAACGCUUCCGCACCCGCACCCAGCUGCUGGGGAACCCCAAGCACAGGGAGUGCAACCUGCUCCUGAAGGACCUGAGCCCCCAGGACUCGGGCUCCUACAAUUUUCGCUUUGAGAUCAGUGAGGUCAAUCGCUGGUUAGAUGUCAAAGGCACUGCAGUCACUGUGGCAGAGAACCCCAAAGCGCCCACCAUUGCCUCGCCAUUAGGGCUUCGUGAGGACAUGGAAGCGGACUUCAAUUGCUCCAUUCCCUACGCAUGCCCACAGGAGCUGAUCAGCUUGCAGUGGCAAGGCCAAGACCCCACUCGCUCAGUCACCUCCAGCCUCCAGAAGCUCGAGCCCACAGGCAUCAGCCACUUGGAGAAACUCCACUUGGCCCUGUCCUGGCAGGACCACGGCCAGACCCUGCACUGCCAGCUCUCAGUGGCUAAAUUUAAGACACAGGGCGAGAUUCACCUCCAAGUGCAGCAUGCCCCCAAGGGGGUGGAGAUCCUCCUCAGCCCCUCGAAGGGGAACAUUCGUCCAGGUGAUCUGGUCACACUCACCUGCCUGGUGAACAGCAGCUACCCCGAGGUCAAUUCCAUGCAGUGGGUCAAGGAUGGGACACGCCUCAAAACCCAGAGUCCUGUGCUACGGUUGUCCCAGGCAGCCUGGGACGAUGCUGGCAUCUACACCUGCCAAGCUGAGAAUAGUGUGGGCUCCUCAGUCUCACUCCCUGUCAGUCUGCACAUCUUCAUGGCUGAGGUCCAGGUGAGCCCAGCAGGUCCCAUCCAGGAGAACCAGACGGUGACGCUGGCCUGCAACAUGCCUAAAGAAGCACCCAGUGAGCUGCGCUACAGCUGGUACAAGAACCAUGCCCUGCUGGAGGACGUCCACAGCCGUACCCUCCAGCUGCACGCAGCCACCAGGGCCGACACUGGCUUCUAUUUCUGUGAGGUGCAGAAUGCCCAUGGCAGAGAGCGCUCUGGGCCCGUCAGCGUGGUGGUCAUCCACCCGCCCCUCACCCCAGACCUAACUGCCUUUCUGGAGACACAAGGAGGCCUGGUGGGCAUCCUCCACUGUUCCGUGGUCAGCGAGCCUGUGGCCACCCUGGUGUUGUCACACGGAGGACUUGUCCUGGCCUCCACCUCUGGCGACGGUGACCACAGCCCACGCUUCAGUGUCUUCUCUGCCCCCAACUUCCUGCGCCUGGAGAUACGAGAUCUAGGGUCAGCCGACAGUGGGGAAUACACCUGUACAGCCACCAACUCCUAUGGGAAUGUGUCCUCCACCCUGGACUUCCGUGCCAAUGCUGCCCGCCUCCUCAUCAGCCCCGCAGCAGAGGUGGUAGAAGGGCAGGCAGUGACGCUCAGCUGCAGGAGUGGCCUGAGCCCAACGCCUGACAUCCGCUUCUCCUGGUACCUGAAUGGAGCUCUGCUUUUCGAGGGGCCCAGCAGCAGCCUCCUGCUCCCUGCAGUCACCAGCAGUGAUGCCGGUUCAUACCACUGUCGGGCCCAGGAUGGCCACAGGACUAGCGGGCCCUCCUCACCCGCCGUCCUCACUGUGCUCUAUGCCCCGCGCCAGCCCAAGCUCACUGCCCGGCUGGAUCCUGAUGCUGCAGAUGGAGCUGGCCGUAGAGGCUUUCUCGAAUGCCGUGUGGACAGUGACCCACCAGCCCAGCUGCAGCUGCUCCACAGGGACCGUGUAGUAGCUUCUUCCCUGCCAUCAGGGGUUGGCUGCAGCACCUGUGGGGGCUGUCCCCAGCGCAUGAAGGUCGACAGAGCCCCCAACUUGCUGCGUGUUGUGAUUAGAGACCCGGUGCUGGAGGAUGAGGGUGUGUACCUGUGUGAUGCCAGAAACACCCUGGGCAAUGCCUCCUCCUCGGUGACCUUCAAUGCCCAUGCCACUGUCCUGGUCAUCACACCAUCACACACGCUGCCCGAGGGCACUGGAGCCAACUUGACUUGCAAUGUGAGCCGGGAAGCCGACAGUGGCCCUGCCAACUUCUCCUGGUUCCGGAAUGGGGCACUGUGGGCUCAGGGCCCCCUGGAAACCGUGACGCUCUUACCUGUGGCCAGAACAGAUGCUGCCCUCUAUGCCUGCCGCAUGUUCUCUGAGGCUGGUGCCCAGCUCUCCGCUCCUGUGGUCCUGAGUGUGCUCUAUCCCCCAGACACUCCAAAACUGUCAGCCCUCCUGGACGUGGGCCAGGGACACAUGGCUGUGUUUGUCUGCACUGUGGACAGUAGCCCCCUGGCGCAGCUGGCCCUGUUCCAUGGGGAGCGCCUCCUGGCCACCAGCAUGGGGCCCCAGCUCUCGUCCCAGGGCCGUCUUCGAGCCAAAGCCAUGGCCAACUCUCUGCAGCUGGAAGUCCGAGACCUGAGCCUUGGGGACUCUGGCAGCUACCGCUGUGAGGCCACAAAUGUCCUUGGAUCAGCCAAUACCUCCCUUUUCUUCCAGGUCCGAGGAGCCUGGGUCCAGGUCUCACCAUCGCCUGAGCUCCAGGAGGGCCAGGCCGUGGUCCUGAGCUGUGAGGUACCCACGGAGGCCCUAGAGGGGAUCUCAUAUCGCUGGUAUAGGGAUGGCCAACCCCUCCAGGAUUCGACCUCGGCCACACUUCGUUUUGCAGCCAUAACUUUGAACCAGGCUGGGGCCUACCACUGCCAAGCCCAGGCUCCAGGCUCAGCCAGCACAAGCCUGGCCGCCCCUGUCAGCCUCCACGUGUCCUAUGCCCCACGCCAGGCCAUGCUCACCACCCUGAUGGACACCGGCCCCGGGCGACUGGGCCUCCUCCUGUGCCGUGUGAACAGUGACCCUCAGGCCCAGCUACGACUGCUCCAUGGGGAGCGCCUGGUGGCCUCCACUCUACAAGAUCAGGGGGAACUUGCAGGCAGUUCUCCCCGGCUACAGGUGGCUGUGGCCCCCAACAUACUGCGCCUGGAGAUCCACAAUGCAGUGCUGGAGGAUGAGGGUGUCUACACCUGCGAGGCCACCAACACCCUGGGCCAGACCUCAGCCUCGGCCAGUUUCGAUGCCCACGCCGUGAGUGUGCAGGUGUGGCCCAAGGACACCGUGCAGGAGGGGCAGCUGGUGAAUCUGACCUGUGUUGCGUGGAGCGCCCGCCCAGCCCAGCUCACCUACAUGUGGUACCAGGAUGGGAAGCAGCGCCCAGGUGCCCACUCCAUUGCCCUGCCCAAUGUUACAGUCACGGAUGCUGCCUCCUACCACUGUGGUGUGGUGGUCCCUGGCCAGGCACUCCGCCUCUCCAGACCUGUCACCCUGGAUGUCCUCUAUGCACCCCGCAGCCUACGCCUGACCUACCUCUUGGAAAGCCAUGGCGGGCGGCUGGCCCUGCUGCUGUGCACUGUGGACAGCCGCCCACCUGCCCAGCUGGCCCUUAGCCAUGCUGGCCGCCUCCUGGCCUCCUCAACCGCAGCCUCUGUACCCAACACCCUGCGCCUGGAGCUGUGGGAGCCCCGGCCCAGUGAUGAGGGUCUCUAUAGCUGCUCUGCCCGCAGUCCUCUGGGCCAGGCCAACACGUCUCUGGAAUUGCAGCUGGAGGGUGUGCAGGUGAUCCUGGCUCCGUCAGCUGAUGUACCCGAAGGGGCUUCCAUCACAGUGACCUGUGAAGACCCUGCUGCCAGCCCACCCACCCUCUAUACCUGGUAUCACAACAGCCGUUGGCUGCAGGAAGGGCCAGCUGCCUCCCUCUCUUUCCCAGUGGCUACGCGGGCUCAUGCGGGGGCCUACUCCUGCCAGGUCCAGGAUGCCCAGGGCACACGCAGCUCCCGGCCUGCAGCCCUGCAAGUCCUCUAUGCCCCUCGGGAUGCUGUUCUGUCCUCCUUCUGGGACUCGAGAGCCAGCCCCAUGGCUGUGGUGCAGUGCACUGUGGACAGUGAGCCACCUGCCGAGCUGACCCUGUCCCACGAUGGCAAGGUGCUGGCUACGAGCCGCGGGGUCCAUGGCUUGACACUGGGGACAGGCCAUGUCCAGGUGGCCCGCAACGCCCUGCGGCUGCAGGUGCAAGAUGUGCCCUCAGGUGAUGAGGACACCUACGUCUGCACGGCCCACAACUUUCUGGGAUCAGUCAGCACCACAGGACAGCUACAGGCAGAAGGUGUGCGUGUCGUGGCCGAGCCAGGCCUGGAUGUGCCUGAGGGUGAGGCGUUGAACCUGAGUUGUCACCUUCCUGGUGGCCCCAGGCCCUUGGGCAACUCCACCUUUGCUUGGUUCUGGAAUGGCCGGCAACUACAUUCGGAGCCCGUGCCCACCCUUGCCUUCUCACAUGUGGCCCGUGCCCAAGCUGGGAUGUACCACUGCCGGGCUGAGCUUCCCACUGGGGCCACCACCUCUGCUCCAGUCAUGCUUCGUGUGCUCUACCCUCCCAAGACGCCCACCAUGACGGUCUUUGUGGAGCCUGAGGGUGGCGUCCAGGGCAUCCUGGACUGCCGAGUGGACAGCCAGCCCAUAGCCAGCUUGACCCUUCAUCUUGGCAAUCGGCUGUUGGCCUCCAGUCAGCCUCGGGGUGUUCCAGCUGAGCCGCACAUCCACAUCUCAGCCACCCCCAAUGCCUUGAGGGUGGACAUUGAGGAGCUAAGGCCCAGUGACCAGGGGGAAUACGUGUGCUCUGCCUCCAAUGCCUUGGGCUCUGCCUCUGCCUCCAUGUACUUUGGAACCAGAGCCCUGAGCCGCCUGCAUCUGUUCCAGAAGCUACUCUGGGUCCUAGGGCUCGUGGCGGGCCUUCUCUUCCUCCUGUUGGGCCUGGGGGCCUGCUACACCUGGAGAAGGAGGCAUUUUCAUAAGCUGAGUGUGGGUGAGACUUCCGUGGAGAUGGCGUCCCAGAAGGACACCAUGCAGGAGGAGGAGGUUACUGGAAUCUGUGAUGGCUUGGGCCUCGUAAACAAGACGGCGCUGGAUCCUGCCUGCCUCUGUGAAAACAGUUCUGUGACAUCUGACUUUCUAUGACAUGGUUCCAAACCUCUUUCCCCCAAGAAAAAUGUGUGGUGAGAGGAGGGGGUGAAUCUCAAUCUACCCAGGAGAGUAUUGACCCUGGGGGAUGCUGAAGAGAAAUAAGUUGAUCUCUCUCACUUUUCUCUGGAUCUCAUCUCUCCAUUUAUCUUCCAAUGCACUG